AUGCCUAAUUAUGAAUAUCUUAUACUCGAUGAAUUUUUGCAAAGCGUUCACAUCGGUCACGAGGCUCAACUAUUUAUCAAAGGAAUUGGUGUCUUUACCGGUUAUCUAGGACGUGAUGAUUUGACAACAAGAGCACUUAUUGUGGUAGAUGAUGAAAUAUUUUAUCGAACAGGUGAUCUUGUUCGAAUGGAUAGCAACGGUCUUCUUCAUUAUCAAGGAAGAAACGAUCACCAAAUCAAGCUACGUGGACAACGUAUUGAACUUGGAGAAAUCGAACGAUGUUUACUUAAUACAUCAAUUUCUGCUUGUGUUAUCAUCAAAUGGGAUGAUGACCAUUUGAUUGCUUAUAUACAAAGCUCCGAUAUCGAUAUAGAACAAUUACGUGAACAUUGUCAAUCUCAUCUUCCACCUCAUAUGAUUCCAUCAUUAUUCAUUGUACUUGACAAACUGCCUUUGAAUUCAAAUGGAAAAAUAGAUCGAAAACUUCUUCCUCCUCCUUCUUCUCAUUUCUCUCAUUCUCUACAACUGAAUCAGAAAAAUAAUUUAGAAAUCAAAAGACCUCGGAAUGAAAUUGAAAUUAUAGUUCAUAAUCUUUGGUGUGAUAUUUUUCAACAGAAUCAAAUCUCAAUUGAUAGUAAUAUCUUUGCAAUUGGUGGUCAUUCUCUUCUACUUAUGCAACUUUAUCAUCGAUAUCAAACAACAUUCCAUUUAGAAACAAAAUCUCUUUCUAUUAGUGAUCUAUUUCAAUAUCCAACAAUUAUUGAUCAUGUUCAAUUCAUUCGUCAAGCUAUCAAUAUUGGAAAACAUUUUGAAGAUUGUUGGUCUUCUCUACAUCUCAUUCAAGCACCAGCAUCUUUUGCUCAAGAAAGAAUAUUUCUUGAUGAACAAAUUCGUUUUUCAUCCAAAAGUUACGAUGUGAUAUAUGCUAUUCCAUUACUUUAUCGUGUAUCUUCUGCAACCAGUCCUAUAUCGAUUACUCGAUUACAUCGUGCAUUUCGAUCUAUCAUUAUGAAACAUAGUAUUCUUCGUACAGCACUUCAUAUUGAUACUAAUGGUUCCAUUAUACAGCAUUAUCUGAAUUUGGAUAUAAAUAGUAAUGAUGUGAAGCCAUACGAAUUUUCAGUAAUAAAUCUUCGUGAAGAUAAUGAUCGUAACAUUGGUAAAACAAUAUAUGAGAUAAUAAAACGUAAUGAUUUAUUAGAGUUAGUCAAAGAGCGUGUAAUUCAUUGUCAUAUUCUUCGUCAAUAUCGUCCGGAUGAUAAUCUCUCAUCGGAGAAUGAUGAUCUGUUGACUAAAGAUGAUUUAAUAUUAUUUAACAUUCAUCAUUCAGCAUUUGAUGGAGCUUCUACAUCAGUUUUUCUUCGUGACUUUUCCUUUGCUUAUGAGACUGAUUGUUCAUUAGCUUUGAAUGAUGAUACAUUACAAUACAUUGAUUAUUCCGUUUAUGAACAUCAAAUGGAUAUGACAUUAUCACGUGACUUUUGGUGCAAACAACUUAGAGGAUACAAUCUCGAAUGUCGAUUGUCAUUACCAACUGAUCGGCAUCGUUUGUCGGCUGAUCAACGAUCUGCUUUUGCAUCUAUAGCUCAAAUGUCUUUUGAUGAGGACAUCUCCAUAGCAUUUGUAAAUUAUGCAUGUGCACAUAAAAUCACACCAUUUCAGCUAGGACUGGCUACAUUUUAUGCAUUUCUAUUCAAAUUAACUCAUGGUCAAAAUGAUAUCUGUAUUGCUUGUCUCAAUGCUAAUCGAUAUAAAAGUGAAUUAGAAAAUAUGAUUGGAAUGUUUGUUGCAACAUUGCCAUACCGUAUUCAAUUAAAUUCUCAUUGGUCAUUUGAUGAACUUGUCAAACAUGUACAAGAAAAAUGUUUGUCAAUUCUCGAACAUUCUCAUUAUCCACUACAAUAUAUUCUUGCUGAUUCUCAUCUUAAUCAAUUGAAAAUGCCUUUUCUCGAAACAGUAUUUGAUUUUAUCACUGUGUCUUCCGAUAUGACUUGCUUAUGUUUGAAUGAUGCAACUUUAGAACAAGUGUCAUUUGAACAAUCAUUUGAAGUAGCUAAAUUUGAUUUCAUGUUGACAUUUAUUUACAAUCCAACAUUGAAUGAUAAUAGACUUUCAUGUCGUUUCGUCUGCUCUCAUGAUUUAUUUGAUCCGUCAACAGUUGAGAAGAUGGCACAAAGAUUUCAAAAUGUUUUCUACCAACUUUUCUCUUCAAAGUCCAGUGCUUCUCAGAUUGAUCAAUCUUUUACACCUAUCAAGAAACUGUCACUUAUUUUACCAAACGAAGCUCAAGAAAUGCAAGGAACAAUCUUUUACAGAUUACCCAAUAUUGUCAAUGAAGGUAUGUUUAUUUACUUUUUAUGUUUUUUUUAUGUAGAUUAUAUGCCAUAA